CGAUGAUGUCAGCGGCGGCGGCGGCGGCGGGGCCGGGCCGGGGCCGGGCGCUGGGGGGGCCGGGGCCGGAGCCGGAGCCGGAGCUGGAGGCGGGCGAAACCGGAGCGGCCGGGGGCGGCCACGGUGAUGAGCCGGGCCUGGCGGACGCGGCGCCAUCGCAGUCAGAGGGAAGAGGCCCGGCAGAAGGGACUCGCUGAGCCACCCCCGCUCUGCUCCAUGUUGACUGUGCUCUCAGGCUGGCGCCAUGCCCCCCCCAGCAGAGGUGACGGACCCGUCCCAUGCCCCCGCCGUCCUGCGCCAGCUCAAUGAGCAGCGGCUCCGGGGCCUCUUCUGUGACGUCACCCUCAUAGCCGGAGACACCAAGUUCCCUGCUCACCGCAGUGUUCUGGCUGCUUCUAGUCCCUUCUUCAGAGAGGCCCUGCUCGCUUCAGCCCCACUGCCCCUCCCACCAAUUACUGGGGGCUCAGCCCCCAACCCUGCUACCACCACAGCCGCCGCCUCCUCCUCCUCCUCCUCCUCUUCCUCCUCCUCCUCUUCCUCUUCUUCCUCCUCUUCCUCCUCCUCUCCCCCUCCGGCCUCACCUCCUGCUUCAUCCCCACCCCGGGUCCUGGAGCUUCCAGGGGUCCCAGCAGCUGCCUUCUCUGAUGUCCUCAACUUCAUCUACAGUGCCCGGCUGGCACUACCUGGCGGUGGAGGGGAUGGGGCGGCCGUGGCAGAGAUUGGCGCUCUGGGGCGGCGGCUGGGCAUCUCCCGCCUGCAGGGCCUGGGGGAGGGAGGCGAUGCCUGGAUACCCCCGGCCCCAGCCCCUGUGGCCACCUCGCAGCCUCAAGAGGACAGCUUUGGGCCUGGGCCUCGGCCCGCUGGGGAGUGGGAGGGUGACAGGGCUGAGGCCCAAGGCCCUGACUCACAGCCGCCCCUCUCGCGGCGACCCCUCCCCUGCCCCCGAUGUGGGAAAAGCUUCAUCCAUCCCAAGCGGCUGCAGACCCACGAGGCACAGUGCCGGAGGGGGACCAGCGCCCGGGGGUCUGCAGGGCUCGGAGCCGGGGGCUCUGUCCCCAGUGGCCCUGCAGGAGUGGACGCCUCAGCCCUGCCCCCACCGGUGGGCUUCCGCGGUGGCCCCGAGCACGUGGUGAAGGUGGUGGGCGGCCACGUGCUGUACGUGUGCGCGGCCUGUGAGCGCUCCUACGUGACCCUGUCCAGCCUGAAGCGGCACAGCAACGUACACUCGUGGCGGAGGAAGUACCCCUGCCGCUACUGCGAGAAGGUUUUUGCCCUGGCAGAGUACCGUACCAAGCACGAGGUGUGGCACACUGGGGAGCGCAGGUACCAGUGCAUCUUCUGCUGGGAGACCUUUGUCACUUACUAUAACCUGAAGACCCACCAGCGAACCUUCCACGGCAUUAGCCCGGGCCUCCUGGCCAGUGAGAAGACCCCCAAUGGAGGCUAUAAGCCCAAGCUCAAUACCCUCAAGCUAUACCGCCUACUCCCCAUGCGGGCGGCCAAGCGGCCCUACAAGACCUACAGCCAGGGAGCCCCCGAGGCCCCUCUCUCUCCAAGCCUCAACACACCGGCCCCCGCGGCAAUGCCCGCCAGCCCACCGCCCGGACCCCCACCCGCCACAGAGCCCGGCCCCCCACCCUCUGUCAUCACUUUUGCCCACCCUGCUCCCUCUGUCAUUGUCCACGGGGGCAGCAGCGGUGGUGGAGCAGGGAGUGGGCCGGCCAGCACAGGGGGGGGCCAGGCCGCCUCGGUCAUCACUUACACUGCUCCCCCACGGCCCCCCAAAAAACGUGAGUACCCACCUCCUCCCCCCGAACCUGCAGCCACGCCAACCAGCCCAGCCACCGCGGGCAGCCCAGCGACGGCCGCGGGGCCGGCCACAGCCACGGAGGAGGCCAAGGGCCGGAACCCGCGGGCCCCGAGGACUCUGACCUACACGGCCAAGCCAGCUGGCGGGAUGGGCGGGGGCGGGGGUCCCCCCGCAGGGCCGGGCCGGGGCCCCUCUCAGCUUCAGGCUCCACCUCCACUGUGUCAGAUCACUGUGCGAAUUGGUGAGGAGGCGAUUGUCAAGCGCCGCAUCUCCGAGACGGACCUGCGGCCUGGGGAGCUGAGCGGAGAGGAGAUGGAGGAGAGCGAGGACGAGGACGACGAGGACGAGGACGACGAGGACGAGGACGAGGAGCAGGACGAGGAGCAGGAAUCCAAGGCGGGCGGGGAGGACCAGCUCUGGAGGCCCUACUACUACAAGCCCAAGCGCAAGGCCGGAGCCGCGGGCCCGGGCGGCGGCGGCGGCGGCGGCGGCGGCGGGAUGCCCCGGGGCCGCCGGCCGCCCCGCUGGAGACAAAAGCCGGAGCGGAGGAGCUGGGAGGAGACCCCGGCGGCCGAGGGCCCCGCGGGGCGAGCCCGCGGCGAGCGGAGGCACCGCUGCGAGGACUGUGCCCAGACCUUCGCCACCCUGAGGAAGCUGCGGAAGCACCAGGAGGCCCACGGCGGCUCGCACGGCGCCCGGGCCGGCCGGAAGCCUUCCACCCGCUUCACCUGCCCUCACUGCGCCAAGGUGUGCAAGACGGCGGCCGCCCUGAGCCGCCACGGGCAGAGGCACGCGGCCGAGCGGCCCGGGGGCGCCCCCACGCCCGUCAUUGCCUACUCCAAGGGCAGCGCGGGCUCCAGACCCGGGGAGGUCAAGGAGGAGGCCCCCCAAGAGAUGCAGGUCUCCUCAUCCAGCGGGGAGGCAGGCGGCGGGAGCGCUGCUGCUGAGGAAGCUUCCGAGACGGCCUCUCUCCAGGACCCUGUCAUCUCAGGGGGUGAGGAGCCCUCUGUGGUGGCAGGAGGGGGCACCUAUGCAUACCCACCUGUGCAGGAGUUUCCACUGGCUCUGAUUGGGAGCGGCCGGGAAUCCGGCAGUGGCAGGGGAAAACCUGGCAGCGAGGGGCCAGGGGGAGCUGGGGAGGGGGACCGGAUGGAGGGGAUGGGGGCUGCCAAAGUCACCUUCUACCCCGAGCCCUACCCGCUCGUCUACGGCCCCCAGCUCCUUGCCGCCUACCCUUACAACUUCAGCAACUUGGCCGCUCUCCCAGUGGCUCUUAACAUGGUCCUACCUGAUGAGAAGGGUGGGGGGGCCCUUCCCUUCCUACCAGGGGUCUUUGGCUACGCAGUCAAUCCACAAGCAGCACCCCCUACCCCCCCAACCCCACCCCCUCCGACUCUUCCUCCCCCAGUCCCCCCUAAGGGAGAAGGGGAAAGAGCAGGGGUGGAAAGAACCCAGAAGGGAGAUGUGGGGUGAGCUCUGGGCCCAGAUCCCCCUUUCACCAGAUGCCACCCUCCCUGAACCCCCGCCACUACCAGCUCCCUGGCCUCCCUGCCCCUUGGGAGCCCCUCUUGUGCAGGGACUUAGGGGCCUCUGGAGCUCAGGGGUCAGGCUGCUUUGUGUGAGAUUGUAGUUUUCCCAUCACCUGGGAAGGGAUCGUUGGUGGUUCCUCUCUCAGUUCUCCUCCAGGGAAUGGCCUCCACGAGGGGCAGGGCCAGCUCCCAUCCCUUCUCCAGCCCUUGGGGCAACUGAGCAAUAUACUUACAUGACUCUCUACUCACGGCCCCCACCAGCUCUGAAUGUCUAACCCUCCCCACCCCACCCCACCCCCGAUUCGUAAACCCAGGGGGAAACCAUCUCUCUCAUCUAAUGAUCCCCCGCAUUCUGAAGCUUUCUCUAAGCCCUUGCCCAGAUGCUUCCUAGCACAUUCCAUUCUUUGUGGCCCAGGGCCUGGACCAGACCAUUGUGAUACCUGACACCCACCCAGCCGGGAGCGGGAGCCAGGCUUGGGAUUCCGUUCUUCCAAGGGUGGGUUCCCGCAUCCCUGUCUCCUUCCCGUUAAGAGGCCAUGCCUUUCUUGGCUUCCAUGCCUUUGGAUCUUCCAUACUCCUCCUUAUACUCCUAGACUCUGGAGAGGGCCUCUUCCAGUCCAGGUCAAGGAGGUGCUGGGGGGGAGGGCUACCUGACUGUCCCAUGGCUGAGUACUUUCCUGGCCCAGGGCAGCAUUAAUCUCGGCCCUACCUUGACCCCCAAAUCUAGUGAGCCCCAGACUCUUCCAAGGCGAAAGAGGUGGGCAGAUGGCACCUCUACCUGCCUCUACAUAUGGCCUCUUCUAGGCUAAGCCAGAUUUGGGGGCCAGGAGGGAGGAGCUCUGUGUGGGAUGGGGAAGGGAAUCUACUUUCUCCCUGUAUUUUUCCCGAUGGUUUCUCCCAGACUAGACCAAAUAGCCAGAAAAAUGAUGGGGGUUGGAUGGGUAGGUAAGCCCAAGAUUUGCACAUGACCUCCCAUCCCUACCUUUACCCCCAUCUUCCCCAGUUAUCUCCUCCCUCACCAAUCACUCCAGAUGGUUUCGGGGGAACCAUGCUACUCCCUUGGUGGGCUUUGGGGUAUUCCCACCAACUGUCCCUCCAAAAUAGCACCUUACACCCCUUCUUUGACUCAGUUCCCACACCCAAAGAUCCCAGCCUAAGGAUGGGGUGCAGGGACCUUAUAAGUCCCUAAUCCCUAAUUUGCACUAGUUAACCCUGGUCAGGGGUCCCUAUGUUUCCUUCCAGUGGGGGAGCUGAAGAAAUGUCUGCUCCUCACUCUCUUGGAUAACUGGGCCUCCCCACGCUGUGAUUGGAUGAACAUUGCCCAUCCGCCCACCUCCCCUCAAACACACAAAAACAAAAAGCUCACAAGGGGAGAGCCGGUUCAGGGGAGCAAAUCUGAUCAAUGGGAAUUAGAGGAGUGCAGUUUAAAAAGGGGAAAAGUUGUUGUCCUCACCACGGCAGCCUUUUUCCCAGCUACUGUUUCUGGGGCCAAGAUGGCUGCCCUCUCGACCGAGGCUGACAGGGCAAGAUCAUGGCUUUUGGAGGGAGGGGGUUUGGGCCGAGGGGCAGGAGCCUCCUCCUGCCUGCCCUCCCCCUCCCAGAGGAUGGAAAGGGGAGGUUUUUCGACAGGCUCCCUGAAUGUUAACCACGGGGGAGUGUCGCUCCUUCACUCCUCCUCUGUCUCUUUGCACUUUUCUUGGUCUUGGCCACAGUCCGAGUGAAGAGUUUCCUACUGAAUGUACUGAGUUCCAAUUUUUAAGGGGGAGAAAAGUUUAAAACAGGGAAAAAAUGAAAAAAAAAAAAUCACUAAAAAAAAAUUCCCACAAAUCUUGUUUCUGGCACUUUAGAAAAACUGCGAAAAAAAAAAAACGUACAUAAUAAAGAAUACUAUAUAUAUAUAUCUCUACACACAAAUUAUAUAUAUAUAUAUACAUAUAUAUAUAUACACAGCGGAACCAUGAGAGAGACUGAGGAAGGCCUUGGAGGCAAAGGGCAGAUGCGAUGACAGUUCCCCUGUAUCCUUAACCUGCACUCCUCGAGGCAGAGGCACAGGAGGUGGAAGGAGUUGAGGAUGGACCGGGGAAUCUGAAUUUCAGAACAGGUCAAAAUUGUAACACCAUGGACAUUUUGGGAGAACUGAGAUUGUAGACAUUUAUUUUUUUGAAACUAUGAUUUAGGAAACUAGUUCCCAGAAUUUGGUGGUUCUGGGCAACAAAGGAGAUUGUGGCGAAAUAGAGAUUAAAAUAUAUGUAUCUGAGCUGGGGAACUUGAAUAUUGUGACUUUCAGAUGUUGGAAAUUGGGGACUUUGCAAUUUCGUCUUUUGAAAUUUAUCAAGUCUUGUCAGCUUGUGCCCUCUUUCCCCAUGUUCCCUGGGAAGAAGGGUGACGGUGGAGUGGGAAAGCCACUGGUUCUGUGCCACAGCACGCAAGAUUUAGAAUUCUACAGACUCUAGCUCUAUACGUAGUGAGGACCCAGAUUUAGAGAAACUGACCAAUAUUUAUCUCCGCAUUUGUGUGUGUGUCCAACUCUCUAGGCCAAUAAACCAACAAGACAAACAAA